AUGGAAGAUACCAAGGUCGAAAACAGUGACGCGGCCAGCACCGUCUCCGACAAGAAACGAAAGGAAACCAUCGAAUCAGCUCUAAGGGAAGGGACCCAUAACACUUCGCCAUGGGCAUGGAAGCUCUCGGGCUGCGCGGGUAACACUUGGACACGAGACUUAUCGCUCGUGCUCGUUUUCCUCCGAAUAUUCCAUAAACGGCUGCUUUAUAAAGCAGGUGAAACUUGCUUCCCGCAUAUGGGUAUUCGUGAUUGGCGAUGA